CAGAUUUGUGGUUUUUCAGCUUUUUAAUUCAAAUAUGUUAAAAGUCUAGUAAUGUAUUAAUAACCGUGGUCUCUCUCUAGGGUUAGCGUCGCUAGAGUUGCGAUUUUCCGUUUUCGAUCUCUCCGAUCAAAGAACGGCCUGUUCUCUUGGCUUGUGAGUAGCAAUCGAUAUAGCACGGCUCGUUUAUAGGGAUUUGGGAAGGUGUAAAGCUUCGGUUUGGGGCCUAGGGUAUUGGGAGUAUCUGGUUUUUGGUUUCGGCCGAGGAAGAAAGGCGGGGAGGGCUCGAAGCAGGGGGGUUGACGAUGAAGGGAUCUCUCCCUGUCACAUGGAGUCGGCUUUGAUUGGGUUUUGUUUAAUUCCAAUUGCAGCGGCUGUGUUGGUUCGUCGCAGGGGAGGAGCAGUGGAUGCUUUCUGCAGAAUUCCUGUAGGAUGCAUAAGGAAGAACGAGAGCACGAAGGGGGGCCGGUGGAGAACAUAGCCGACUUGUACGUGGGACGAGGAGAGUUGAACGAGCUUCGAGUAGACCAGUUUUCGAUCGACAAUGGAGGAUCAAUUCGAGCGGUACCAAUGGUAUGGCCUGCUCUUGAACCACCGCCACGGGGCGGCGGGUCAGGACUUCUAGACCCGCCAAUGGUGCAUGUGGUGAUUCUACUCAAGAAAAUGAGUUUUGGUGUUUAUUUUAUUGUGUUUUUGCGUUUUUAUUUUUACGGUCAGACUGUUAUGUUUUGUUUUUAUGCUUUCCUUUGCUGUAAAACUCUUGCAUUAAAUUUGGGGGAUGAGAGGCCUACGUAAUCGUCGUUAGAUUUAAUUUGUCCAAGUUAGGUCUAGCGAGUUAUAUUGCUUUGUCAAAGGCGAUUAACUCAGAGUCUCGACCAAGGGCGGAUGGUUACAUGUGGUCUUUUUGUCUUAUUUCACCCAUGCUGAAUGCUAUUUUAAUUUAUCAAUAUAAGCCCCC